ACGGGGGGCGGGGCAUGCGGCGGGAGCGGUGGCGCGCGCCAUGGGGCAGAAGGAGCCCGACCUGUACCGGGACACGUGGGUCCGAUACCUGGGUGAGCACCGGGAACCGGGCAUCGGCACCGGGCACCGACACUGAGCGCUGACCCCGGGAACCGGGCACUGACAUUGAGCGCUGACCCCGGGAAGCGGGUACCGGCACCGGGCACUGACAUUGAUAGCUGACACCGGAAGGCGGGCACUGACGCCGGGAACCGGGUACUGACAUCGGGUACCGGCUGCGCAAAUGGGGCAGUGAUACCGGGCACCGGCCCCUGUCACAGGGUACCGACACCGGGAACUGGGCAUUGACAGUGGGUGCUGACCUCAGGAACGGGGCAGCGGGAUUGGGCACUGAGCACAGCACCGGACGCUGGUACCGGGUACCAACAUCAGGCGCCACAGCAGGAACCAGGCACUGGCACCAGGAAUGCUUUAGGAACGUGACAGCACACACUGUGUCGGGCACCGGCACCACACACUGCCCCUGGCGCCGGUGGGCACUGGCACCCAACACUGGCACCACAGAGUGCACCGGGUUCAUGGUGCUGGGCACACGGCACCAAGUACUGCACACUGCACCGGGCACUGCGGGGUUCUGGUACCGGCUAUCAGCACCUCACAGCGGGCCCUGGCACAGGGUGACAGCACUGCACACCAGCACCUGGUACCUGUCACCAGCACCGACACUAGCUAGUGCCAUCAUCCCCCAGCACCGUGCAGACACUGGAGAGCAGGACCAGUUCUGGGCACUGGGCACAGACACAGGUUAUGCCAACGAGGUGGGUGAGUCCUUCCGCCCACUGGUGCCAGUACCGGUGGUGUGGGCCAGCUACGGCGUGGCCACCGCCUACGUGACCGCCGACGCCAUCGACAAGGGUCGGAAAGCUGCUGCUGCCCACGGGCAGGACCCCACACGUGUGGGGGUGGCCGUGGUGGACACCUUCGUGUGGCAGAGCCUGGCCUCGGUGGCCAUCCCCGGCUUCACCAUCAACCGGCUCUGUGCUGCCUCGCUGGCCCUGCUGGGGUCCCUCACCCGCUGGCCCCUGCCCGUGCGCCGCUGGACCACCACUGCCCUGGGGCUGGCUGCCAUCCCCCUCAUCAUCACCCCCAUCGACAGGACUGUGGAUUUCCUGAUGGAUUCCAGCCUCCGCAAGCUUUACAAGACACCAGGAGAGCCCCCGCCGUCCCACUGAGCACUGCCCCACGUGCUCUGGGGAAACUGAGGCAUGCUGCUCUGACCCACCUACUGUGACCCCUCACUCUGGUGCCCCCCAGAGUGGCCACCCUGCCCCACACUGGUCCUAAUAAACCAUUUCAAACAUGA